GCGACUAACUCGGGCGUGAAGUCCCUGAUGGGGGGACGUGGCCCACUGGGUCUGCUCCCUCGGGAGGACGCCUAGUGCCCUUUCCCGUGAACGUGCUCCCCACCCUGACUCAGUUUCCCCCAGUCACGCGGGGAAAGACCCGAGGCCCAGUUUUCCCGCAGGAAACAGGUGUUCCUGGCCCCUCACCCACGCUCAGCGCCCCGCCGCGGCUUGGGGGAGGGGGACAGGCCUCCCGUGCCCUCCGCUGCCCCCGCGGGGGAUGGACUUUCCUUCUCACUCUCGUCUCCCUCGCCUUCCAGACUUGUUUCCCCUCAUCUUCCCCGCCGCCGAGCCAGCCCAGGCCUCCGGCCCCUAUGUGGAGAUCAUCGAACAGCCCAAGCAGCGGGGCAUGCGUUUCCGCUACAAGUGCGAAGGGCGCUCGGCGGGCAGCAUCCCUGGCGAGAGGAGCACGGACACCACCAAGACCCACCCCACCAUCAAGAUCAAUGGCUACACAGGGCCAGGGACCGUUCGAAUCUCCCUCGUCACCAAGGACCCCCCGCACCGGCCUCACCCCCAUGAGCUUGUGGGGAAGGACUGCCGAGAUGGCUUCUAUGAGGCUGAGCUCUGCCCCGACCGCUGCAUCCACAGCUUCCAGAACCUGGGGAUCCAGUGUGUAAAGAAGCGGGACCUGGAGCAGGCUAUCAGUCAGCGCAUCCAGACCAGCAACAACUCCUUCCAAGUCCCCAUCGAAGAGCAGCGCGGGGACUACGACCUGAAAGCCGUGCGCCUCUGCUUCCAGGUGACCGUGCGCGACCCGGCAGGCCGGCCCCUCCGCCUGCUGCCUGUCCUCUCUCACCCCAUCUUUGACAACCGCGCCCCCAACACUGCUGAACUCAAGAUCUGCAGAGUGAACCGCAACUCCGGGAGCUGCCUCGGCGGGGACGAGAUCUUCCUGCUAUGUGACAAGGUGCAAAAAGAGGACAUUGAAGUGUGCUUCACGGGGCCAGGCUGGGAGGCCCGAGGCGCCUUCUCGCAAGCGGAUGUGCACCGGCAAGUGGCCAUUGUCUUCCGGACGCCCCCCUACGCGGACCCCAGCCUGCAGGCCCCGGUGCGCGUCUCCAUGCAGCUGCGGCGGCCGUCUGACCGGGAACUCAGCGAACCCAUGGAAUUCCAGUACCUGCCAGAUACAGAUGAUCGUCACCGCAUUGAGGAGAAGCGCAAGAGGACCUAUGAGACCUUCAAGAGCAUCAUGAAAAAGAGCCCUUUCAAUGGACCCACGGACCCACGGCCGCCUCCCCGGCGCAUCGCUGUGCCUUCCCGCAGCUCAGCCUCCGUCCCCAAGCCAGCCCCCCAGCCCUAUCCCUUCACGCCAUCCCUGAGCACCAUCAACUUUGAAGAGUUCUCCCCCAUGAUGUUUUCUCCUGGGCAGAUCCCAAGCCAGGCACCAGCCCCAGUGCUGGCCCCAGCCUCAGCCCCAGCCAUGACAUCUGCUCUGGCCCAGGCCCCAGCCCCCGUCCUGGCUCCGGGUCCUGCCCAGCCUGGGGCCCCAGGGGCCCCCAAGAGCAGCCAGGCGGGAGAAGGGACACUGACGGAGGCCCUGCUGCAGCUGCAGUUUGAUGCUGAUGAAGACCUGGGGGCCCUGCUGGGCAACAACGCAGACCCGGCCGUGUUCACGGACCUGGCCUCCGUGGACAACUCAGAGUUUCAGCAGCUGCUGAGCCAGGGGGUGGCUCUGGCCCCCCACUCGGCAGAGCCCAUGCUGAUGGAGUAUCCUGAGGCCAUCACGCGCCUGGUGACAGGCUCCCAGAGGCCCCCCGACCCAGCUCCCGCCCCCAUGGGCGCCCCGGGGCUUCCCAACGGCCUCCUGCCAGGGGAGGAAGACUUCUCCUCCAUCGCCGACAUGGACUUCUCAGCCUUGCUCAGUCAGAUCAGCUCCUAGGGGGUGACGGGGACGGACACCCCCCCCCCCCCGCCUGGGGCACUGAUGGAUUCCGGGGUGCGUGCUCCUACUGCCCCCACCUCACUGGGUGAGGUCUUCUGUGGGGGCACAUCUUACUCUUAUCUGCAGUAUCUACCCAUCUCUUAAGCAGAAGGGAGCACUGACCUCUGGAGAGGAGGGAGCUGGAAGCACCUGAACUCUUUUCUCCAGCCCAGUAAGGUUCUGGCCCCUGCUCUCUAGAGAACUAGAUGGGGGAGGGAGGCAGCCCCCCCCUCCAGCGUCCAGUACUCGUAGAGAUGGGCAGGUUACAGCCGCCGCCACCUUUGAGGCCGCUAAGCCUUAUUAUCAAGUGUCUUCCUCAAACCACAGAUUCAUUGCCAACAAAUAAUGGGUCAGUUACAACCCCCACGAGCCUGCCAAGCCUUAUCUUCCUCAAACCGUGGGUUCGUUAGGACCCUCCAAAUGCCCCUUCCUGGGCCCUUAGGAUUGACCUUGAACCCAGCGCUGGCGCAGAGACCCUGGCUCUCCUGCCUUGUAGAGGUCCCUGUGCCCCGGGAGCCCUUUCCUGGGUCAACUGCAGCUGAAGGGUGGUCCAGCACUGGUCUGUACUGCUCCAGGAUCCACAGGGGGGUGGGCCUGACACCCCCUCCCUUUUUUUCUCAAGUGCCUUAGCGGCUGGGCAAGUGGUUUGCAGGAUGGGGGAGGGCCGAGGGCGGGCGGCUGGCGAGGUGCCGCCCAUGCGGGAAGCCGGUGAAAGCAGUUGGACUCUUGCUCUUAAUACUCUCAACUAAUAAAGUCGUUGCCACGCUC